AUGAUCCAACAUGUGGUUACAACAACGCUGGUCGCCGCGCUGUCGGCGGCGCUGCUGCUGCUGGCCAAGCGGCGCCGCGUCAAGCGCCACCUGGACCGGCUGCCGCUCCUGCAGCUGGGCCCCAACAGACUUGGGGUCAGCGCAGUGAUCUCGCCCGUCGGCGCCAGCAUAGUCAAACUGAUCGUCCCCGCCGCGGACGGCACAACAAUUGACGUCGUCCUGGGCUAUGAGCGAGCGUCAUCCUAUGCG